AUGUCUUCUCGCAGCGUAGCUGUUCAGGCUAUUGAAGCCGCCAUUGGCCGGGUACGCGAAGACAAGAUGAGUCGUUUGGAGAAACUCGCCAAUGAGAUAAAAUACGUCAUUGCCGAUUUCUGCGGCCCCAACGACGUCAAAAAUCUUUCUCUGACCGGCCCGGUCAUGUACACCGUCAUAAAGCCACGCGAGACAGAAAUGUCGACCAAGCACGUGAUAAACACAAUUGGCAUAGACCUGCUACCACUGGCAGUGGCGCGCCACCGUGCUCAGCGUACCGGCUGGCGAAUUAGCGGCUACAAUCAAGGGCCGGACAAGAUGGAUCGUGACAUUAAUCGAUUCAUCGACGAGUACCUACGACCCGGUCUAGUGCCUCGCAGCGCCAUCACAUACAACUUCAACUUCACUGCGGCACAAGACAUCUUGGAAUUCCACAACGCCGCUGUAUACUACGCGCGUACCCUGGCCGAGAAGGCGGUCAAGUGUGGACCAAGGGCAAUCCGAAAGGAUUCUGGUCGGUACUCGGCACUUCAAGGCAGUCGGCGAAUGGAGGUGCCAGACUACGUUCUGAACAUAUCACCUACCGAAGACAAGAGAUUCAAGGAAGCGAUGUACAUUUUUGAAACCGCUUGCGCCUUGUUUCCCGACGAAUUGAGUGCCAGUCUACCCAUGCGCUCGGUCAUGGUUCGAUUCUUCAGGUCGUUCGCGCCUUGGGUCAACCAGCAAGUCCGGUGCAUCCAGUCAAUGCUGGAGAACCACCUGUACUUCAUGGUCUCCGUCGACAACAGCAUGGCGGUAAAGCUCCGUGGCCAACCCACCUGGGGCCCGGGCCGAAGCAUGCUGUCGCGGUUCGUCAUUCGUCAAGACUUGGCGACCAUCUACAGACUUGACGUGGGCGCCAACCUUCUGGAGCACCUACAGGUCGUGGAAGCCCAACGGGGUAUUCUCCAGCGGUACCGAGAAGAAUCUUGGCUACCAAUCCAAGACGAGGCGUGGCUUCUUCGCAACCCUCACACCAACAACUGGUCUCUGGAGGUUGACCACAUCGCCAACAAAUACAGGGAAAGCGAUGAGGGUCCCAUGGCGGCGUGGUACCGAACGCUGCUCGACCGAAACAUCGACGACGUGGUGCUCAAUGGGAGCGAGUCGAUAGUCGCCUGCGAAACCUGCCUCACAAAGUGGGGUUUCGUAUUCUGGGACUGCCAGAAGCUGGACUGGCACUCAGACAACAGAUUGGUGUCGUACGAGCAGAUGGCAAUCUUGGCGACGGGAGUUUCGGUGGACAACAUCGACUUGCGUCGAAACACUUGGGGACGAGGGCGGGGCCUUUGCGACUGCGAGCGCCCAUGGUCGGAGCGAUUCGAGAGGAGUUCUGGCUACUACUGCUGAGUGAUCUCGGGGAGAUUGGAUGGUUUGAUGUCAUAAAUUGACACCUUCUUGCCAUAAAUUGGCAAAUUGUCAUAAAUUGACGUAUUCUUGUCAUAAACUGACACCUACAAAAUUGGAUGAACGAGAU